UAAGGCACCUGGAUCGUCAGACCCGUCCGGCCUCGCUGGAGGGACACCUACUUCAUCAGUACAUCGCGGAGGCACCUCAAGAUUAGCACAAUAUCACAGCACCAAUCCAUCUGCGAGCACGGAACUCUCUACAAGCCUGCACCGUCACGGCGCCUGCAGCACAAUAUGUGUCAGGCAGAACUCAACAAGUCUUUCACCUGCCGUCAUAAGUGGCUGACAAUUGUCAGGAAAUGCGAGGAUGGAGGAGGGUUCAACGACAAUCACCUUCACAAAUAUCGACCAGCGCGGUUGGGACUAUUCCAUCCAAAGUUCGCGUCAGCUGCUGCCAACACUUGUCCCAAUUGCGACUUGAAGGGAGACUAUGACACAAAGACGACUCGGAUGAUCCUUGACGAUCCACGUGACAGAGGUACUCUCGGCAAUGGAUACACAAUGACGGACGGAUAUGGAAGGCCUCUGCUAGUCUACAACUGGAACCAAUAUGCCGGCUACGGGUACACUUCGUGCGGUAUGACCAGGACGUCGGCGCCGGCACAGAUGCAAGAUCCUGGCUGUGGAUGUACCAUUAUGUGAGAUGCGACUGGAGGAAAGAUGAGUACGGCUCUACGACGGGCCAGCGAGAUCAAGGCCGCAACAACCAGAUGAAUAACUUAGACAAGCAGCCAUAAGACUAGGAGGGUUUGCUAGUGCUGAACACAAAAAUAUUAUGUCAAAAGCAUUCCACAGCGCACGGCGACUCCAACUUUCUUGUACAUACUAGUCUCUGCGGUCGGAAUACUUCCGUUCCCCUCACUCCGGGUUCGUGGCUUGAGGUCAUAGCGCGGCCGACUUGGCCAGAAAGACUCGUGCGCCCUGCAUUGAUCGAUUGGCAGUGUG